CCCCAUGUCACAUUUUGUGCAGCAGAAAUUUUGAGAUUGGCCGCUAUUUUUGAUGAAGAACAUCUCUUACAAUCUUAGAUUUGAACUUUUAAGAAGUAAAUGCUCAAACGAACAGUGGGUAGCUCUUUACAAACCGUCAACGAAAAAAGCAUUUCCAUGGUAACAAGUUUGCAUGACAACCAAGAACUGACUGAAGUUGUGUACACUGGUCUCGUUUGUGGAGAACAAGAUGACGACUAGGACUUCCAGGAGCCAGAGUACCAGUGAAAGGAACCAACCAUUACAGACAGGGUUUGCGUCUUUCCUGACGAAUGUGGAAGAUGACGGUACUGUAACGUAUUUUUGGCGUGCCCACUCCAUCACAGCUCUAAUCUGCCUUAUUGCAUCCCUCCUGUAUGUUUCCAUUGUUGAAGAUCAAACGAAGGAUGUGGAAUGGAAUGUUAAAAGGGGUAUUGUUGCGUGCAUCUUGGUAUUCUGCGUCUUUGGUAUGACUCAGGUACGAGAUGGCCCCUUCCGGCGCCCUCAUCCAGCUCUCUGGAGACUUGUCGUUUGUAUGAGUGUUGUCUACGAACUGUGUCUGGUCUUCUUGCUCUUCCAGACGGCUGAUGAUGCUCGUAAACUCAUUGGUUACCUGGACCCAGCAUUGGGGAAACCCCUACCUGAGCAGUCCUACGCAGAGAACUGCAAGAUUUAUGAUCCCGAAGGCCACCCAGAUAACCCAUGGGUUAACUUAUUGGACAAAAUUGAUGUUUUUGUCAUCGGGCACCUUCUAGGAUGGUACUUCAAGAUGCUAAUGAUAAGAGAUUACUGGGUGUGCUGGGUCAUCAGUAUUAUGUUUGAGGUGCUGGAGUACUCUCUGGAGCAUCAACUGCCGAACUUUGCUGAAUGCUGGUGGGAUCAUUGGGUUCUGGAUGUCAUUAUCUGCAAUGGUGCCGGUAUAUGGCUAGGAAUGAAAACUCUCAAUUACCUGAACAUGAAGAAGUACAAAUGGAGUGGUCUGUGGAAAAUACCCUCUUAUUCGGGAAAGUUAAAGAGAAUUGUUCUUCAGUUCACUCCUUAUAGUUGGACCCGAUUUGACUGGCAACCCACUGCUAAUAUUACGCGUUGGCUCGCUGUUCUUGGAAUUAUAUCUAUGUAUCUCUUAGCGGAGUUGAACACAUUCUAUCUCAAGUUCAUCCUAUGGAUUCCGCCUCCUCACAUGCUGAACUGGCUCCGACUGGUCCUCUACGUCCUUGUAGGGUCCUGUGCGCUCCGAGAAACCUUCCAAUACAUGAGUGAUCCUGACUGCAAGCAAUUUGGCCAGCAGUCUUGGGUCACGAGCGCCAUUGUCUUCACUGAGCUUCUAAUUGCCAUCAAGUUCGACCUCCCUCUCCUCCUGAAGCCGUUUCCCCGGUACAUCGCCAUUGGCUGGCUCCUUGGCCUCAUCGCAAUCAUCACCUGGACCGUCUGGAACUUCUGUAUCCACCGGGUAUCCUUUCGUUUCUGGCGAUGGACGAUAGCGAAACCAAAGACUACCAUGGAUGAGGAUCCGAGGCUCGCUGCAGAAACAGAUGAUGAAGAGGUUGACUCAAAUGGUGAUGGGCAGUCCGCUGAAACGGACUCGUCUGGUCCUAUGACGAGGUAUCGAUCACAACGCCGCGACGUAUCAUAGGGUUUACAAAACAUGACUCCAUGCCCCAAUUUCAUACACAUGCUUAGCACAAAACACUACUUAAUACAGGCUUUAUGAAAUUGGGCCAAGUCCUUGUGCUAACUUUUUUGUUAUGAACCUAGUCCUAUGUAAACCUAGUCCUAUGGGCUUGGCAGCUGUGCAUUUGACUAGCCGGUAUAGCAAAAAGCACUACUUACCAGAGCCCAAAUUCAUAAAGCUGUAUAGCAGAAAAUUCUGCUUAGCAAAUUUCUUGGCUAAGCAAGAAAUGUCCGGAGUACCAGUCACAGCAAUGGUAACUGUAUAUUGUUCUGGUGUAUGGUUAUAACCAAAUUUUUGCUACGCCAAUUUUUUUGUGCGCUCACUGCAGAUACGAAUGAUGAUGGUAAAGAGAUUGAAAUUAACAAUGCUAAAAACGACUCGUCUAUGUUGAGGUAUCGAUCACAACGCCCUGAUUUAACCUAGGGUCUACUUUUUUUUAUUGCGUCUUCAUGAAUGAAGUCUUUCUAAGAUUCAGCUAACAAAUGGAAGAAUAUGUUAUUGUAUGUUGAUGUCAAAAGUGUGUUUAAAUUUGCUUUUCAAUUAUCCGAAACAGGUGCAAUUCAUUCGACUCCCGAGAUUCAUUGGAAAAAAUGAACAACGAAAUAUGAGUACUAAACUUUUUAUCAAACCAAAAAUGUGUUUAUGUAGCAGUGUUUACAUAUAAUCAUGUAAAAAAAAUGUUUUUAUGUUUUUUUUUGUCUGUUUCCAAUUCAUUGCCAAUUAUCAUGACACUGACCGUGCAGUAGUGCACUUUAAAUUUGAGAAAAUCACUGUUUUUAAAAAUAUUCUGUCUUUUUUAAAAAUCGGGACUAAGGCAAAGACCAGGUAGUCUUGGUCCACAAAGACCAGGGUAGUCUUGGCUCAAGACGUUACUAUCUCAUAGUCGGAGUGAGCUUUUCAUUAUGAAUUCUUUGCGGCUGAAGCUAGAAAUCAAACCAAUGAUAGUGACGCUCUCUGUUGUUUGAAUUUAUCCAUGCCAAGGUCUUGGUCUUUGAACCAUUACUAAGACCAGGGCCUACCACUACCUCAGUAGACUUGAUGACAAGUCGUUAGGCGCUGCCUAUUUGUCCGCCGUUCAUGCAACAGUCACAGUGCGAUUAUACACAUGCAACGGUCGUAGGUAGCGCGUGGCGACCGACUCGCACACACAUACUGAGAUUGAGGGUGAGUGUACCGUACCCGUAGCUACACCGCGCUGCGCUUAACAAUUACCGUCUUGACUUCAAGACUACUACCUCAGGGAAAUUCCAGGGUUUGUUUGAAGCAGCCACUGGACCCACUGGCUAGAUUAGUGAUAUAUAAGAUGUUAAAUUUGCAUCAGGGAUAAAGGAUAAUAAUUUUAGUUUUUUACCCAUACACUGAUGUG